AAUUCAAAAGAUACGAAGCUGUUCAUGACUUGUUAAAUUCAUCCUACUUGCAGUGUUCGAUGGCGGCACGUAAUAGAUACCUUAGAAAUUGAGUGCAUUGAACCAUGGUGAUGAAAUCAGCUUUCAAAAUGUCGAGGGUUUCGCUUCGUCCUGUACACGUAAUCAGAUGGUGUGUUGUUGCCCUAGCGAUCUUAGGCCUCUUAUUUUGGCUUUGGGAGCGGAGGGAGUACCACAUCGAGGAGGCGCAACGUUUGUCGGGUCCAAAUGCAAGAGAUAUCAAACCACCGUCCCUAAGAAAUGUAGGAAGACAGUUCACACUGGAUGGCCAACAUGUAUUGCUUCUGGGUGGCAGCCUGCAUUAUUUCAGGGUCGUACCCGAGUAUUGGAGGGACAGGAUGAUAAAGAUGAAAGCCUGCGGCCUGAACACAAUAACCACGUAUGUGCCGUGGAAUAUGCAUGAAGAAGUGAGGGGUGAAUUUGAAUUUUCUGGAAUUCUAGAUAUUGUAGCCUUUCUACGGCUUGCAAUGGAGUUGAACUUCUAUGUCAUCCUGAGACCUGGUCCCUACAUCUGUGCUGAAUGGGAUUUUGGUGGUUUACCGAGCUGGCUUUUACACGAUCCAGAUAUGAAAAUUAGGUCAACAUAUCCCUUGUUUGUAGACGCUGUUGAGCGGUACUUUGACAGGCUCCUUCCUCUAGUCACUCCAUACCAGUAUCAUCUUGGUGGACCUAUUAUUGCAGUUCAAGUUGAGAACGAAUAUGGGCACUUUGGAUCCGACGUCAAUUACAUGAUUGCAAUUAAGGAGAUGCUAGUAGCCAGAGGGGUUAAGGAGAUGCUGGUGACAUCUGAUCAGAGCAGCCUGCUCAAGGAGGGAUCUGUGCCUGGAGCUCUAAUGACAGCAAAUUUUCAGAAGGAUGCUGAAAAACAUUUUGAAAAGGUUAAGAAAAUACAGGGUGAUGACAUGCCUUUAAUGGUGAUGGAAUUUUGGCCAGGAUGGUUUGACCACUGGACUGAACAGCAUCACAUAUAUCCAUCAAAAGGGCUGAUACCAACUAUAAAAGAUGUUCUACAGCUUGGAGCAUCUAUCAACUUCUACAUGUUCCACGGUGGCACAAAUUUCGGGUUUUGGAAUGGUGCCAACAUAGUCCAUCAAACAUACCAACCAGAUGUUACAAGCUAUGAUUAUGAUGCCCCUCUUUCUGAAGCUGGUGAUGCCACUGAAAAGUAUUUCAAGAUUAAAGCCUUGUUGAAGCAGGAAUCACCUAAAGGAGUUGUUCCUGACCAUUUGCCUAAUGUUCCUGCCACUGGUAAGAUAGCAUAUGGAGAAGUCACUAUCACUCAUUUCAUUACUUUGGAAGACACGCUACCCCUUCUUGGUGCGCCUGUUAAAUCUGAAAUAGUCAUGCCAAUGGAGAUGUUACCUAUAAACAAUAAUGGCGGCCAAGGAUAUGGCUACGUACUCUAUAGGACAAAGGUCAAAGGAUCAGUUAGUAAACUGGAUUUUGUUGAACUCCCUCAUGAUAGGGCUCAGGUCUUCUUAAAUGGCCACUCUGCAGGGGUUGUAUCAAGAACAGGAGUCAACUCUAUUACUCUCCUCAACCUGGAAGUUGUAAAGAAGGAAUUGAAGAAUUUGAAAUCGGAUGAUGAGGUUACACUAGAUAUCCUGGUAGAAAAUCAAGGAAGAACAAAUUUUGGGAAAGAAAUGAUUUCUGAAAGAAAAGGUUUGUUAAAAGAUGUGGAAGUGAACAAAAAGGUACAGAAAGACUGGGUAAUUUAUCCACUGGAAUUUAAGAAACCAUUUAUGGAAGGAGUGAUGGCAGCCGACAAAUGGCAGAAUAUGAAACCCGGGAUUAAAGUACCAGCACUUUAUAAAGGAUCCUUUGAAAUACCAAAUAGGACACCAAAGGACACAUUCCUGAGCAUGGAGGGCUGGGAUAAAGGCAUUGUAUUUGUCAAUGGCUUCAAUAUAGGACGAUACUGGAAAGAAGGACCGCAGACAACCUACUAUGUUCCUGGGCCACUGUUAAAGGCAGGCAGAAAUGAGAUUGUUAUUUUUGAGCAGCAUGGGAGUGCUGGUAAGGUCAGUUUUGUGGAUAAACAUGACCUCGGCCCAACGGUACGUAGAGAUACAUGGAACGAAUAAGGCAGUCGAGGUUUACAGAAUAGACCUAAGCCCUGUUUGGAUUGCAAUUUUUUUGGUCAAACUAAACCAUGCAAAUAGAAUGCAGUGCACAAACAGCCUGCCUAAGAUUGUCCGGGUGAAGUAACACAAUAGUACAGUAAGUUUAUCCGAGUGAAUGAUGUCCAGUGCAAUUUGAUUAAGUGUUCCAGAGGGCGUAUUAAUACCACGCGCAACACUGAACUUCACAGAAUCAAACCACGAUUAGACUGACCAUGCGCAUUCUUAAGAUCUUUCUAUCUUAAAACAUGCGUAUUUAAAUCCUGGUGAGAACAGCAUACGAUUUGUCCAAAGUAGAUUUACUCUUCGUCUUGUUCAAAAUUAAUUCACUGAGAACAUGGCGGUAAGCGGUUAUGAAGAUUGAACUUCGCAUUACACGUAUAAGAAAAUUAGACACUUGUGAUUUUUUUUUUUAAGGGACUAAAUUCUCCCCACUUCAUCAUGAGUCCACAAGCUGGGUUCUGUUAAAUAUAAAUAAAAAUUUUUUUUAAUUCAGAUUUUUUUAUAAUAUAGGAUGUUUACAAUAAAGUAAUUAUAUACAUAAAAUUGUAUUAUUUUUGCUAAAAAAUAUAAACAUAUAGUACAUACAGUAUUGUGAACUACAAUUUAUGCAUAACAAUUAUAUGCCUAUAUUAUAUGCCUAUAUAUCAGUGGGCAAAGUGCAGCCCGUGGGCCACCAGCGGCCCAACAGUAAUUUUGUUGUGGGCCGCAAAAACCCUGUGUAAGGCCUGCCAUGCAAGUUUGAUUAGAAAACCCUUUGUUUUUAUCAGAAAUCAGUAUUAAAUCAGAACUUCACUUUGGCCCUCCAACCCAUUUUUAUGCCCACCCCUGACUGAUAAGGUGGUUUAAUUUAAUUAAACAUUUGAAAAUAGAUAGUAGGCAUAUAGUAAUAACACUUGUUAUUUACACAAAUGGUGGUAUUAUAUAAUGUGAUAGAUAGGUGAAGGAAAUAUGUAAAUUGUUUUAUUUAUCAGAUUAUUAUCAUUUUAUAUGGCCAUUGUUUAAAAAAAUGAUAUUUAGGUAUCUCAUAGGCAUAUGGUCCAGGGGAAGAUCCAGAGAGAGGUGUAGAGGCUAUGGACCCCCGGAAACAGCAAGAAAACAUAUAGAGAAGAAAGAGGGGUCCACGGUACUCUAGAACAAGCAAAUUUUCAAUUAAAAUUCCAUGUACCAGUGUCUAUUGUCAAGCAUUCUAAACAAAAAUCUCAAGCUCCAACCACCCCACCCCCUGCUUGGUGCUUCGCACGUCACAUGACCUCUACCCAGAUUUUUCUUUGGAUCCAACCCUCAGUUCAAUUUGACCAGUUGGUCAAUAUUGGAGUAGUAGUAGUAGUAUAGGCCAAGUUUUAUGGUAGCCAUAUUAUGUGCAUUUUUGAGACACAUUGUCUUUCAGGCUUUCAAUCGCUUGUAGAUUGUGUUAAGCCCUGUCAAGAUUUUAUUUGACAAAAAAACUGUUGUAUGCCCAUAUAUAGUCAUGAUGUACCUAUACAUGGUCAUGAUGUGAUGUAAUCAUGACCAUAUUUAGGCAUUCCAUAUAUUUUGGACAGGGCUGAAGGCAUUUGUAAACAUUUUAAGAUGAUUGCAGAUUAUGUAAAUUGUUUGUAUUUCAUAAUGUAGACAUUAUAACAAAAUUAGCAUUAACUGCAUUUUUACUUGUCAAAUACCGCCACCACGUGGUCUGGUUGGCGCAAAUGUAAUGGAGAGGUUUCUUUUUGACACAGGCAUCUUUAAAGCUGUUUUCCACUAGGCGAAUUUAUUUGUGCGAAUCGAAAGUGUUGGUUCCCUUCCUGAGCUAUGAUUGGUUGUGCAUUUUUUUGCUUUGCAAAAAGUAGAAACAGUUCGAAACUACUGAUUUUGCUGAAGAGAAAAACUCUGAUAGAGAUAUGAAUGUGCAUGCGCAUGAACUGAUGCCUUCGAUCCAUGAGAAUAAAUUCGCAUAGUAGAAAACAGCCUUUAAACUUGUAAUUAUAACAUCAGACAGUCUUUAGGAUGUAAUUCUAUAUUGAUUGAUUGAUUGGUUGAUUUUAAUUAGUGCAAUAAAUAACACUUGAAAUCAUACAUGAAAGUACUUGCAGGUCCCUAUUAACUAAUUUAAAACAAAUAGAAAACACAACAGAAUGCAACAAAAAACAGAAUUUAUUUAAAAUUACCAUUUUAUGUAAAUACGUUAUUUAAUUCCACAUUGAAGAUUAAUCCUAGGUUUUGCACUAUUGCGGUAGAACAGUACUAGCUUAAGGAAUUUCCUACCAGAGAUGUGUUACCCACCACCAUAAAUAGAAUAUAAUCUUUUCUUCAUUUUUAUUUAAAAAUUGUGUUUUUUUUUUUUCACCUACAUCUGAAGGUCCUUUAUAAACAAAGUUAAUUUUAUGUGGUAUAAUACAAAAAAAAAACUGAAUCGCAUUUUAUGUGGGGUAUCAGGAUGUAUAUUUUAUUAAAACCCCAUCAAAUACGAAUACUGCUCCCACAAACAGAUAUAAAUCUAGUUGAACAAAAUAUAUGCAAAUGUACAGUACACUGUAUACUUUCCACCAUAAAUGUUAGAAGUACAACUUAAGAUAUUUUUUUCACAUUUUGAGUCCUUUAAAUUCCUUGGUAUUAACUACCAAGAUAUAUUCAAUAAAAUGAACAAUUGUAAAAUA